UACCUGCACACUGUACCGUGUGGAAAGCCGAACGUCGCGGGGUCAGCUCUCCCUCUCCCUCCCUCUCUUCCAGCGGUUGCCUCACCUCGCCGUCUCUCUCGUUCUUUGCCCUCCCCCUCUCCUCUCUCUCGGCCCUCGCUAUAUAUCAGAGCCUCUCGCUUUGCUCCGGGGUCAGUUUCUUCCUCCUCGCCUUGCCUUGCCCGCAGCCUCUCUUCUCAGCUACCUCCUGCAGCUGCUGCCAACAAGUUUCUGAGCAGAACACUUCGGAGUUCAGAGAAGUGGACCUAGCGAGCUCAUCUGGCUAUAGCAGCUAGGGAACAUGAGGGACAUGGGGGAGAAGAGGAGACAUGGAGGACAUCAUGUCCAUGGUGUUGGGUUUGGAGUUGGACAUGCCGAGCACGACGAGAAGCACAGGGAGCCGAAGAAGCUGGACAUGAGCGGCAUGUCCAUGGACACCAUCCCGCAUCUCAGCAUGCCUCUUGGCAACAUCACCACCUUGGAUCUCUCCAACAACAACCUACAGAGGAUUCCGGAGUCCAUAAUCGCGAGGCUUCUGAACGUGGUGGUGCUGGACGUGCGGUCCAACCAGCUCAAGUCGCUGCCCAACUCCAUCGGCUGCCUCUCAAAGCUCAAGGUCCUCAACGUCUCCGGCAACCUCCUCCAGGACCUGCCCGCCACCAUCGAGGAGUGCCGCGCUCUGGAGGAGCUCAACGCCAACUUCAACCAGCUGACGCGGCUGCCGGACACGCUCGGGUUCGAGCUCCACAGCCUCCGCCGCCUCUCCGUCAACUCCAACAAGCUCGCCUACCUCCCCUCGUCCACCGACCACAUGACGGCGCUCCGGUCGCUGGACGCCCGCCUCAACUGCCUCCGCUCCCUCCCCGACGGGCUCGAGAACCUGGGCAGCCUCGAGACCCUCAACGUGAGCCAGAACUUCCAGUACCUGCGCGAGCUCCCCUACGGGAUCGGCCUCCUUGUCUCGCUCCGGGAGCUGGAUGUCAGCUACAACUCCAUCUCCGCGCUCCCGGACUCCAUGGGAUGCCUCACCAAGCUCGCCCGGUUCAGCGCCGUCGGGAACCCGCUGGUGUGUCCCCCCAUGGACGUCGUCGAGCAGAGCCUCGACGCCAUGCGCGCAUACCUCAGCGCGCGGAUGAACGGGACGGACAAGGACAGGAGGAAGAAGAGGAGCUGGGUGCCCAAGCUCGUCAAGUACGGCACCUUCACGGCGGGGAUGAUGACGCCCGGCCGCGCCACCAAGGUGCACGGCAACGCCGAGGGACUCCUCAUGUCGGAUUACCGGUCGCUCAACGGCGGCGGCAUCGCGUCGCCGGGGUUCCUCAGCAUGCUGUCGCCCCGCCGGAUCUUCUCGCCGCGGAGGAACUCGACCAAGCAUUAAUUAGUAGGCACUAGGCAGUGGUCCAGCUAGCUGCCUUGCUAGUAUACACGUGUGCAGUGUGCUCACUCCAUAUAGCCUGCUUUCUUGCUUGCUGCUUCGUGUGUAGCGUGAGCUGAUGCUGUUGCUACUGCAGAUGUAUAUGUUUUGAGGAGAUACAUAUACAUAAAGUGUGUAUAGUGUUGUUGUUGUAGUAGUAGUAGUAGUAGUGUGGGAUAGGGCAUUGAUGUACAUAAGAAUCAAGGGUGUCCAAUUUUCCUAUUUCUUGUAAUUUUUUUCGGCUACUUGGGCACUAAUGCUUAUGCAAGCAGUAUUUUCGAGCAA